AUGAGUAAUGAAAAUAUAUCUAAAGAUGAAAAUUCAAUACAUUCUAAUAUGGGAUCAAAUAAUCAAUUUAAUACAUUGACGUCAAUAGAUAAACCAGAAUUUCUUGGUAGACCAAUACCGAUGCCUUUAAAAUCAACAACAAAUAUUGAUAUAAAUCCCGUAUUAAGUAAUAUUACUGUUCCAAAUAAAAUUUUCUUAGAUAAUACAUCACAAAAGAGUUCAGUGGCUCCAACGGCAACUACAACUGCUACUGCGACGACGGCAACUACAGCCACCUCAACCGUACAAAGUCAAAUAGAUAAUCCAAUAGAUUUACGAAAGAUUAGAGCCGAUGAUAAUAUUAGUGUUCCUAAUAAGAAAAAUAAUAACGCUGGAAGUAUACCGAUACCUAAAACAUUUUCACCUGCUGUAGCCGCACGUAUACCAUCUAUAAAGGACUCGUCAACAACACUAUCCCGAGAACAACAGCAACAACAAAAUAAAAACACAUCCCUGACUUUUACAUUGAAUAAUGAAAAAAAAUUGAAAAGGUCAAGUACUUAUGCAUCUAAAUCUACAGUUAAAGCCAUUCCAAUAGCAUCAAAUAAGAAAAAUAAUACUUUAAAUUAUUCAUUAAAUGAUGCAGAAUCUUCUAUAAGUAGAUCUUCAUCAAUGACAACAUCUCUGUCGAGAAGUUUCUUAUUUGGCUUCUAUAAUGAUAAUAAAAAAUCAAAACAAACAACUAAAAAUGUUUUAUCAAAGGAAUAUUGGAUGAAGGAUGAAAGUUCAAAAGAAUGUUUCACGUGUGGGAAACCAUUUAAUACUUUUAGAAGAAAACAUCAUUGUAGAAUUUGUGGUCAAAUAUUUUGUAGUUCUUGUACCCUUCAAAUACCUGCUGAAAAAUUUGGAUUUUCAGGAAAUAUGAGAGUUUGUAGCAAUUGUUUUGAACAAGCAAAUAAUUAUGAGGAUUCUAGUGAUGAGGAUGAAGAUAAUAUAGUAGAUGUAUCUGGUCAAGUUAUAGAUCAUCCGCAUUCAUUACUAAAAAAUGAUAUUGAUAACGACUACAACAAUAAUAACAACAAUAUUAGUAGAUCUAUGACAUCUAUAAAUGAAGAAUACUAUGAUUCACAAAAUCCAUCUGAAUUAUCUACAAAUGGAAAACAAAAUGAGAUUUUAUUAUUGAAUAACGAUGAUGUUCAAAGUAUAAUGACAUCAGGUGAAGAUUCAAAAUUAUUUGUUUCAACCCCACCACCACCACCGAAAAUGGCUAUACCUGCCACUAGACAAGGGGAAUCUUUAGAGAUAUCAUUUAAGGAUAAUACAGGCAGAAACAAAAAAAUAAUUUCUCCAAAUAACAAUGUCAAUCAUGGACUCCCCAGUGUGAUGAAAAUGGUCAGUCCCAGUAAUCACAACAGUUAUAAUCGUGAUCCUCAUUCUUUGAGAGAUAUAAGUCUACUUAGAACACCUUCAUCUUCCCCAUUUAAAAGUGGAAAUUUUUCAAACAAAGGGGAGACAAACUACCAUCAACCUUAUCAUGUAAGGAAUAAACCAAGUGCUACAAGACUAGGAAGAUCAAUAUUUAAUUACGUAACAUCUGCCACAUCUGCACCCUUCGAUGAAAGGUCCGAAACAACACUUCAUGAUAACCAACAAAGACAAGCUACAGAUCAUGCCAAAAAUAUUAUAGAGAAUUUAACAAAUAAAAAUUUUAAAUUUAAAUUCAACUAUGGCCAGAAAAGUAAUGAUAAUAAAGAACUAGAACAAACAGUAUCAGAUUCUGACAGUCAAAAAACUCAAACAAAAUUAACACCAGAUGAGACUAGAGAAGAUGAGGGAACUAUGUCGAUAUAUUCCUCUUUAAAUGGUGCUGUGCACUCUGAUAACCCUAUCAGAUCAACAAGAAAUUCGACAAGAUCAUUCCAAAGAGCCGAAGCUUCAUUACAACGUAUGAGAAGUAGGAGGAAAAGUAAAAGUAAAACCGGUACUGUUAACAUAUAUAGAGAUAUUAACUUAUUAACUCACAGUACUCCAAACUUAUUAUCAGUUGUCAGCGAUAAUGAUACAUCUGAAUUUGCAAUAGGUAAAUUUCCAGAUGAUAGCUCUGUAGUCAAUGAGGAUAAUAAUAGUCAAUCAUUUGAUACUAUCGAAGGUACAGAUUUUAAUUCCAAGACCAAUAUGAAUCUCUCAGGAUCACAAAAUUCAAAACCCCAAACAACCCCAAAUUCACUUUCAAAUUCUAUGAUUAUUUCAUCGAAACACAAUAGUGGAAAAUCUAACACUUUUAAUCAGUGGAAAAGAUUAUCCAGUAUGUCAGGGUUAAGAUAUCAUCAGGGAAAUAAAAAUGUUCUAAAUGAGGUUGCUACAUUGCACUUCAAAGAAUUGUUAAUUCAAGUUCUAAAUGAUCAGGAUAUAACAAAUACUGAUAAAUGGCUAAAUAUAUUGGAGGAUAUGGCACUAGCAAAUAUUCAGAAUAUCACACUUAGUGCCAGAGAUUCUAACACCUUAGAUUAUAGGCAGAAAUAUGUUAAAAUAAAAAGAAUAACAGGUGGAUCAAUUACAGAUUCAGAGUAUAUAGAUGGUAUUGUGUUUGCUAAAGCCCUUCCUAUGAAAGGUAUGCCAAGAUAUGUUGAUAACCCAAGGAUAUUAUUGGUCAUGUUUCCUUUAGAAUAUCAAAGAAACGAAAAUCAAUUUUUAAGUAUAGAAUCUGUCUUUUCACAAGAAAAAGAAUAUCUAAAUAAACUAAUUUCCAGAAUUACGUCAUUAAACCCAGAUAUUAUAUUUGCAGGGGCCAACGUUAGUGGUUACGCCUUACAAUUAUUACACGAUGCAGGGAUAGUAGUCCAAUUCAAUAUAAAACCACAAGUGAUUGAAAGAAUAGCAAGAUUAACGGAGGCAGAUAUCGCAAUAUCAAUUGAUAAAUUGGCAUCAAACGUCAAAAUGGGAGAGUGUGCAUCAUUCGAAAUCAAAACAUAUAUUUAUGGGAAUAUCAGCAGAACGUAUACUUUCCUUCGUGGAUGUAACUCGUCCCUUGGAGGAACGAUCUUGUUAAGAGGUGAUAAUGCUGAUAAUUUAAGAAAGAUCAAACACGUAGUUGAAUUUAUGGUGUAUGUUGAAUUUUCUUUAAAAUUAGAAAGUUCGUUUUUUAAUGAUAAUUUUAUUCAACUAUCAACAAACUUUUAUUUACAACAAAAGAUUGAAAAGGAAACAAUGGUUUGCUCAGGAUACUUUUCCGAUUUUCUGCAAAAAUUGAAUAAGAGAAUUCUUACUGUGUCCCCCACUGUUGAAUUUCCGAUUCCUUUCCUUUUAAAAAGAGCAAGAGAUAUCGAAGCUAAUAUUGAUCAUAAGCUGUUAGAAUAUGAUAAACUUAAUGAUGACAGUACAACCAAUGAUGCUAACCAACUUACAGACUUGGAUAUAAAAUCAACUUUGACACUCACAGAUGUGAAGCAUAUCUCAAAAUUUAUAAUGGAGAGGGAGAUAAAUGAUUUAAAGCUGCAAUUUCAAAGGAAAAGCCGUCAAUGGGAAGUGUCAUAUUCUUUGUCAAGCAAUCUUUUGGGUACAGGUUCACAUCAGUCAAUCACUGUAUUAUAUUCUAUGGUUUCUACCAAAACUGCUACCCCAUGUAUUGAUCCGCAGCUUGUCACAAUUGAUUACUUCUGGGAUACCGAUAUCUCUAUUGGUCAAUUCAUAGAAAAUGUUGUUUCAACAGCAUGGUAUCCCUGUGAUGGUGGUUGUAAUGGACUUUUGUUCGACCACUAUCGGAGUUAUGUUCAUGGCAGUGGGAAAGUUGAUGUCCUUAUUGAAAAAUUCCAAACUAAACUACCCAAAUUAAAAAAUGUAAUUUUAACUUGGAGUUAUUGCAAAAAAUGUGGUACAUCGACACCGAUUCUGCAAUUAAGUGAAAAGACAUGGAAUUAUUCGUUUGGGAAGUAUCUGGAAGUAAUGUUUUGGAGUAAAAAGGGAAGUCUAUCAGACAUUGGGAAAUGUGAACAUGAUUUCACUAAAGACCAUGUGAAAUAUUUCGGUUAUAAUGACCUAGUUGUUAGGAUGGAAUAUUCAGAUCUUGAAAUAUAUGAACUACUGACACCUCCUCCCAAAAUUAAUUGGAAACCUAAGGUCGAUAUAAAAAUGAAAGUGGAACUAUAUUACCAAAUUUUGGACAAGAUAAAUAUGUUUUAUGAAAGUGUUACCAAUAGAUUAGAUAGAAUCAAAUUGGAUAGUUUAUCAGAGGAGAAAAUUCAAUCUGGAGAAGAAAUCAUAUUAAGUUUGAAGGAAAAGUCUGAAACAGAGAAGAAAACAUUAUUCGAUAAUUUGGAAACAAUAUACAGAGGAACUUCGGGAGACUCACAUUUGAAAUUGAAUAGUAUAGUUAAAGAAUUAUAUGACAAUGCUCUGGCUUGGGAUUCUGAAUUUAGUUCUUUUGGAAAAACAUUUUUACCAUCUGAAACAGAUAUUUCUCGUAUUACAACAAACCAAUUAAAAAAGUUUUUCUCUGAUGAAAACAAUGAUAGAAAAAAUAGUAUAUCUUCCUUAGGUUCAUCGAAGUUCAAGGAGCCCAAAAGCAUUAUUGAUGCCACAUCUGAACAAAAAUAUAAUGAAGAAAAAGCGGUAGAAGAACCAACAAAGACGGCAUCAACUGAGGAAAUACCAAACUUAAAACCAGAUAUCAAUUCAUUUUCGGAAAUUGAUACCAGUCCAGGAGAAAUAAAAACGAUUGAUAAUCAGCCAAUACCGCUACUUCACAAGACACAUAUACCAUCACCACUAAUCGAUUCAAAUAUUAAUAAGGAUGGGCGAUCAUAUUCUAACUCUUCCAAAUCCAAUAAUGUUACCAAGCUGGCUAACUUCUUUGAUCAAAUGCAUCUAGAUGCUAUUUCAAAGGAAUUUGAUUUACAACGUGAAUUACAACGUAGAAAAUUAAACAUGACUAAAUACCAAGGCUUAAAGCCACAAUCAAUAUCACCAAUAGUAGAAAUAUAUAAGGAUGUUAAUGAUGCCGUGGAUGAACCGUUACAUGAUAUAAACAAGGAUAACCAUGUGGAUUCUCUUUUUAGUUAUAAAAAGGGUGCUCAGUUGGGUGAUAGAUCAUCACCUACUCAGCAACUAAAUCAGAACUUGGAGAACGAAUUAGAGAAUUCGAUCACUCAGUGGGGACAACACUUCUUAAAGAAAGAUGAUGUAACAAAACCAAAGGAUGGGGAUCUUGUUAUUGAGUUUGCAGAUAAAGUGACUGAUAGUAAUACUCCUGAACCUUUACCUCCAGUGACGACACCCACAGUUGCAGUUAAGGAUGACUCUACUCCGGCCCCUGAAAAGAAUCUAUUAAUGAAAGCACUAACAAACUUCUGGGCCGAUAGAUCACCAUCUCUGUGGAAUCCACUAUUAUAUCCCACGUCCCCUACAGAACAUGUCUUUUCAGAUAAUACUGUUAUAAUUCGCGAGGAUGAACCAAGUUCGUUGAUAGCUUUCUGCCUAAAUACAACUGAUUAUAGAACUAAAAUCAAUAAAAUGGAAACCCAACACAAACAGAAGGUUUCAGGUGAUGGUACACUAGAUGAGGUACAAACUAAUCAUACGAAUGACGAACAAGUUUCAGAGACCCAUAAAGUGGAAGCAUCAGACAAGGAGUCUACUUCAAGAAUGAUAGAAACUGGCUCGACCACGACAGUAACCGGAGAGCAUAACACAAAUGGAAAUACUGCAACACCUUCAGUAAAUCAACCUGUGGAUAACGAAUUUAAUACAUUAGAAUCCUUUAUGACAAAGAAAACUGCAGUUCAUCUGAGAUAUCAGUUUGAAGAUGAAUUAACAGUCAUGUCAUGUAAGAUUUUUUUCACAGAACAUUUCGAUGCAUUUAGAAGAAUAUGUAACUGUGGAGAUAAUUUCAUUCAAAGUUUAUCAAGAUGUGUCAAAUGGGAUUCUAGUGGUGGUAAGAGUGGUAGUGGAUUUUUGAAGACUCUCGAUGAUAGAUUUGUUAUCAAAGAAUUAUCUCAUUCUGAAUUAGAUGCAUUUAUUAAGUUUGCACCAAGUUAUUUUGAAUAUAUGGCACAAGCAAUGUUUCAUGAUUUACCUACUUCAUUGGCUAAAGUAUUUGGAUUCUAUCAAAUUCAAGUAAAGAAUUCAUUGUCUGGUUCUAAAAGUUAUAAAAUGGAUGUAAUUAUUAUGGAAAAUUUAUUUUAUGAAAAGAAAACAAGUAGAAUAUUUGAUCUUAAGGGAUCGAUGAGAAAUAGACACGUUGAACAAACGGGUAAAGAGAAUGAAGUGCUUCUAGAUGAAAAUAUGGUGGAAUAUAUAUAUGAAUCACCUAUACAUGUACGAGAGUAUGAUAAAAAAUUAUUAAGAGCAUCUCUUUGGAAUGAUACAUUAUUCUUAGCUAAGAUGAAUGUUAUGGAUUAUUCAUUAGUGGUUGGAAUUGAUAAUGAUAAUUAUACAUUGGUAGUUGGGAUCAUUGAUUUCAUUAGAACAUUCACAUGGGAUAAGAAACUUGAAAGUUGGGUUAAGGAGAAAGGUUUAGUUGGUGGUGGAAGCAGUAGUAUUAUUAAGCAACCUACUGUUGUUACGCCAAGACAAUAUAAGAAUCGUUUUAGAGAGGCUAUGGAAAGGUAUAUAUUAAUGGUCCCUGAUCCUUGGUUCCAAGAAACGAAUUAG